GCGGCGCGGCCCGCCAUGGGGCUGGCGGGGGCGCUGGGCGCCGGCGCGGCGCGGCUGCUCUUCUACCCGACGCUGCUGUACACGGCGGUGCGGGCGCGGCUGCCUGGCUCCCGCCGGCCCUGGUUCCACCGCAUCGACGGCGCCGUGCUGCUCGGGGCGCUGCCGCUGCGGGGCCGCAGCCGCACGCUGGUGGCGGAGGAGAAGGUGCGCGCCGUGCUCACCCUCAACGAGGAGUACGAGACCCGCUUCCUCUGCUGCUCCGCGCAGGAAUGGGAGGCAAUGGGAGUAGAGCAACUGCGUCUCAGCACUGUGGAUCUAACUGGAGUUCCCACCUUGCCAAACCUCCACCAGGGCGUUGAAUUCAUACUGAAACACCGAGAACGUGGUAACAGUGUUUACGUGCACUGCAAGGCAGGGCGUUCCCGCAGUGCCACCAUGGUGGCAGCAUAUCUAAUUCAAUUGCAUCACUGGAGCCCUCAGGAAGCAAUAGAGGCUAUUGCCAAGAUCCGUCCACACAUCCUCAUUCGACACAAACAGGUCCAGGUCCUGGAGGCAUUUUAUAGGAACAUAAUUGCUGGGACAACUGCGAAGUGUCAGUAAGAACAGUAAAAAUCUCAGUGUCUCAGCUCCUUUAAAAAAAACCUUGGAUCUUAAUGAACUAACAGGCUCAAGUGUUGUAUUACCCAAUUAUCAAUAAAGAAGUUUUCACAAUA